UGGUAAAAGCAAAGCUAUACAGACAAAAUCACACAAGGACGCAUACACAUACAAUCUCACAAAAAGAGAAAAAGGAAAAUAUAUAUCGUUGCUUCCAAUGUCUACUGCCUCAACUUUGGGAUGAUUCGUUGUCUAUUCAGGUAUUCCAUAGAUGCAGGGAACAUCAAGUUGAUUGUGGAGAGUUAAUCCGCUGCUCCUGAGGCUGCUGGGAGAGAUUUCCCUUUCUCUUCUUUGGUCGCACAGCUCCCGGGGUUCAGCUUUGGUUUUGGACCUGCCUCUGCAUGUAGGUCGCCUGAGGGCGUCUGUUCUUCGCUCAGACAGGACGGGGUUAAAGGAGCCGCUGAUUCGGGGUCUCUGGCUCACUCAGGCCGGGGGGAGGGAGGGGUACGGAUGCAGGGCCAGCCUGCGGCGGCAGAGGCCAGCGUGACGUUGCACCAGCCUAAGCACACCAUGUGUUCUCCCAGGGAAAUUGUCCAUGGAUCUCGGGACCCUGGCAGUGGUGGGCUGCACAGGCUCCCAGGAGGGGAGGUGUGGAGAGUGACCUGUGCUUGCACACAGGCUUCUUGGUGGCUGCAGCAGCAGCCUUAGCAUCUCAUGCCCGUCUCUGGGGUCUGCGCUGAUAGUCGCGGCUCGCACCCGUCUCUGUAGCUCGUUUAGGUGGUGCUCUGAAUCCCCUCUCCUCAUGCACCCCAAAACAAUGAUCUCUUACCUCUUCAACAGUUCCAGACUUUUUCCCAGCCCUCCCGGCUAGCUGUGGUGCAAUAGCCCCCUUCAGGCUGUGUUCACACAGCCAACACCUGUCCUCUUCCUGGGAUCUGACCUCCGAAGCCCGAUCCUCAGCUCCCAGCCCCCGCCCACCCCGGCGAGUGAGCAGACAAGCCUCUCGGGCUGGCAGUACGUGCCAUUCCACUACCCUUCCUGCUCUUGUGCGCACACCUACCCUGAUGAUGCAGCCUUCACUGGAUAUCAAACCAUUUAUGUCUUUUCCAGUAGACAGUAAUUCUGCUGCUGUUGGGCUGUUUCCAAAUUUUAACACAAAAAGAAGAGGCUUAUUUGGGACCAAUAAAUUCUGCCAGAUGGAUCCUGUGCAAAAAGCAGUCAUUAAUCACACAUUUGGAGUGUCCAUUCCCCCAAAGAAGAAACAAGUUAUUUCUUGUAAUGUCUGUCAGCUUCGCUUUAACUCGGAUAGCCAGGCCGAGGCCCACUACAAAGGAAGUAAACAUGCCAAGAAGGUCAAAGCACUAGAGGCAACGAAAAAUAAACCCAAAAUGGUUUCUUCCAAGGACAGCGCAAAGGCUAAUCCCAGCUGCUCCGUCACUCCAAUCACAGGCAACAGCUCUGACAAAUCAGAAGAUAAAGGGAAGUUGAAAGUCAGCAGCUCCAGUCAGGCAUCAAGCUCUGAAGGUGGCUCAUUUCUCCUCAAACCGGGUACAACACCCCUGCCCCCCGGAGCAGCCACUUCUCCCUCCAAGAGCACAAACGGAGCUCCUGGUACUGUUUCUGAAUCAGAAGAAGAAAAAGCCAAAAAAUUACUUUAUUGUUCACUAUGCAAAGUGGCUGUGAACUCCCUGUCACAGCUAGAGGCACACAACACAGGAUCUAAACACAAGACCAUGGUUGAAGCUCGUAAUGGGGCUGGUCCAAUUAAGUCCUAUCCUAGACCUGGAUCAAGAUUAAAGAUGCAGAAUGGCAAUAAGGGGUCAGGACUACAGAAUAAGACAUUUCAUUGUGAAAUCUGUGAUGUUCACGUUAAUUCAGAAAUUCAGCUCAAACAGCACAUUUCUAGCAGAAGGCAUAAGGAUCGAGUUGCAGGGAAACCGCUGAAGCCGAAGUACAGCCCUUACAAUAAACUCCAGCGGAGCCCAAGCAUUUUAGCAUGCCCUGGGGCAAGGACCACCAGAAAAGAGUUGAAAUGGAAACAAAUCAAAGAAAAGGCAAAACUUGCAUUCCAGAAGGAUAUGAUGAAGCCUUUGGCCCCGGCCUUCCUGUCCUCGCCCCUGGCGGCAGCGGCGGCAGUGUCCUCCGCGCUGUCACUGCCACCCCGGCCGUCGGCCUCGCUCUUCCAGGCUCCAGCCAUCCCUCCAGCUCUGCUGAGGCCCGGCCACGGCCCCAUCCGCGCCACUCCCGCCUCCAUCCUCUUCGCCCCGUACUAAUGUCUGCAAGCCCCCAGACGGUUGAGGCCAGUAGGAAAGUAGAGCAGGAAGGCCAAAAGGAUUCAGCAGUUUGAGCAUUUGGUGUUGCAGUGUCCCACCCAACUGCAAAAGGCAGCGUACCACCUGAGCCCCAACUCCAAAGAGUAAGUCGCUAGAUUCAAGAGUGCUUUUAGGGGCCGCUCCUAUAAUUUCAGAAUCUGAACAGCAGAAGCUUUAUCUCCCUAGUCCCUCCCCCUGCCCUACCCCAUACGAUUCGUGUAUCUGAGAUAUUUAGUUUCUUGCAAAUGUAUUGGUCAGAAAAAAAAAAUAUAUAUAUAUAUAUAUAUACAUAUAUAUCAUUUUCUGACUAUUUUUCCGUGGGUGUGAUCUGGCUUAGAAACAAUAUGGAAUAUUUUCCUGACAGACUUGAAAACUAGGGUCUUCCUCACACGUCUGUAAAUAAUCCUGGAAUCCAACUGGGCACAUUCUAGUGUGGAACAAAAAUAGAUGAACACAAGUGCUUACUUGUGGAUACCAUCUUACCAACGGAUCACAGCGUUUUCCUUUUUGGUGUACAAUUGUUGACAGGGAUUGUGUACUGUUUUAGACCCAAGUACUGUUGUAUCCUGUGUAGUACUAGAUCUGUAUCUCUUGUCUGAAUUAAACAUUUUUAGUUGCUGUGUAAAUGUUAGGAAGCAAAGUAGCUUUGAAUUUUCUCUUUAAGAGAACAAAAGAUAACGUAUUUUCUUUAUUUUACAUUUUAUUUGGUGAUAUUUAAACGAAAUAGAAAGCCAUAUAACAUAGCUGUAAUUACUACCUGUCUGCUAUUUUUGUUUAACUUAUUUUGUAGCCUCCUCACCAGUUUGAGUUGCUAAGCAAAUGUAUACAAACAGAAAAAGAGCUUCCUAAAUUGCACAUUUUUGCACCUCUUGUGUGUUCAGCAAGAAGACAAUGAAUCCGUGUAUUUCUACAUCAUUAUCUUCUUCAUUUUUAACCUGUUUUCAUUUGUAAUGAUGCUACAUAAUUUUGUGGCUCCCUAAUGCAAUAAUGUACAGAAGAUAAAAAAAUUUAUAAUUGAACAAUCUGUCUUUCUGUUCACUGAAUCUGUUGCAGGUCAUGCUCCCAUGCCCCCGUUUCUAAGCUGAUAUCAACAGGACUGGAAUGUUUGUCAUAUCAGGGGCAAGAGGUAUAAGACAGCAAAAUAGAGUGAACUCUUUUAGAGCAUCUAUAUCUGCAAUCUGUAAAUGGUAAAAUGUCUGUGUAUUUUUUUAAAUGUACCUUUUCAAUAAAAGUACAAAAAAUAAAAA